AUGAACCAAAAGCAGCAUGUAAGUACAAAUAUUAAUAAGAAAUCUAACCAACAGCGAGAAGAUUAUCAUAUUCGAUUGAAAGGAUCAAUUUCUGCUCGUCGGUUUCUUCUUCAGCAAGGAUUGUCUUUUCGUGGCCAUGAUGAGUCUAAUUCAAUGAAUCGAGGAAGCUUUCUUGAACUUUUACACUAUACAACUGAGCAAAAUGAAGAAUAUGGCGUCAACAAACUAAUUAGUGAUCUUGGAGAUGUUUUUUUUUCUAUAUUGGUUGAUGAAGCUCAUGAUGGAUCCAACAAAGAGCAGAUGACAAUUAUCUUACGUUAUGUAAAUAAAAGAGGAUGUGUUGUUGAGUGUCUAUUGAGCAUUAUGCAUAUCACAGAUAUGACUGCUUUGUCACUAAAGAUGGGAAUCGAAACAUUGUUCUCUAAAUACAAUUUGAGCAUAUCAAGAUUACGUGGACAAGGUUAUGAUGGUGCGAGUAAUAUGCGAGGUCAACGUAGGGAUCUUCUUAAUGAGAAACAAGCUUUGAAGGUGAAAAAAGCUAUUGAAAGUGGUGAGCUUUCAACAGGGCAAGGUCUUAAUCAAGAUACUAGUCUUAAGCGACCAGGGGAAACACGGUGGGGUUCACAUUAUGGGACUUUGUUGAGCUUGAUUAAUUUGUUUUCAUCUGUUAUUGAAGUGCUUGAGGAUCUUACUGAAAAUUCCGAUAAUAGAGUUGAAGCAAAUAUGCCAAAUAUGCAAGAGAAAUUUGUUGCACGAGGGAGAUCGCGGCGUAAUGUUCAAGAGAUGACAAAUCUAUUUCAUUAUUGUGUUGAGUUGUUCUAUGCCAUAAUAGAUUUGCAACUAUCAGAGCUUAAAAGUCGUUUUAAUGAAGCAUCUUAUUUACUCAUCACAUUGGCUUUAACCUUACCAGUUGCAACUGCAAGUGUAGAAAGGGCAUUUUCUGCUAUGAAAAUUGUGAAGAUUCAUUUACGCAAUCGGAUGGGAGAUUAA